AUGGCCAUUCGCGUAAGUAAGAGGAUCCUCCGGCUCCUUGUGCUGGUUGUUGGCUCAUUAGUUUUUUUCAGCCUAACCUUCUCGAACAACGAGAGCGUGGCAGCGAUCAAUGAUUACGUGUCCGCUCAGGCGUCAAACAUGGCGCAGUACGUUGGUCUCCAGCCCGAAGUAGUUAGUAGCAAAGCUGCAAAGGAGGAAGAGAAACAGCGUAUGGAGGCUGAAAAAGCUCAAGAGGAAGGUAAGGUAGACGAAGUGCUUGACGAUGAGGCAAAGAAGCUACUUUCUUAUGCUGACGAUGCAUCCCACAGCACAGUUGGUCCCAAGCUUGCUAACGCCACAUUUGUUACUUUGGUUCGGAAUCAUGAUCUACAUGCCAUGUUGGAAUCCAUUAAGAAUGUGGAGGAGCGUUUCAACAGCAAGUUUCAUUAUCCCUGGGUUUUUUUGAAUAAUGAGGAGUUCACAAAAGAGUUCAAGGACACAAUUUCCGCUGCUGUCAGCGGUGAAGCUGAAUUUGGACUCAUUCCAGAAGAGCAUUGGUCAUAUCCAGAAUGGAUAGACCAGAAAAAAGCGGCCGAGGCACGUAAAAAACUUGAAGAAGAUGGUGUCAUCUACGGUGGCCUAGAAAGUUACAGGCAUAUGUGCAGAUUUGAGUCUGGCUUUUUCUGGAGACACCCAUUGAUGGAAAAGUAUGAGUGGUAUUGGAGAGUGGAACCCGAUAUCAAACUGCACUGUGAUGUGGAUUAUGACGUUUUCAAGUGGAUGGAGGACAACGACAAAGUUUAUGGUUUUACGAUCUCAAUUCACGAAUAUAAAGUCACUAUUGAGACGUUAUGGGAUACUACCCUCGAAUUUUUGAAAGAAUACCCUCAAUAUGAGAACAAAGAUAAUAUGAAGGACUUUAUCUCUGAUGAUGGCGGGAAAACGUAUAAUCUAUGUCACUUUUGGUCAAACUUCGAAGUGGCAAACAUGAACUUUUGGAGAUCUGAUGCAUACAGAAAGUAUUUUGAUUAUUUGGACAAAAAUGGCGGUUUCUUCUACGAGCGUUGGGGAGACGCGCCCGUUCAUUCAAUUGCGGCAGCUCUCUUUUUACCAAGGGAUAAGAUCCACUACUUCCCAGAUAUCGGAUACUACCACCCUCCUUAUAACAACUGUCCUCUAGACAAAGCCAUCUUCGAAAAAGGAAAAUGCACGUGUGAUCAGGAAAAUGACUUCACUUUCCAAGGCUAUUCGUGCGGUAACAAAUAUUUCGAGGUUAAUAACCUCAAAAAGCCAGAGGGUUGGGACCAAUUCCAGUAG